AUGUACUUCCAGCCCUACGACAACCGGGGCUACUUCAUCCUGGACCGCAUCGAGACGGCGUCCAUGCGCGCGAUCCUGGUCACUGCCUUCCUUCAGCUCUGGUGCGUCAUCACGAACGAUGCCGAUGUCGCUGUUGGCAACCCGAUGUUCGCUCAAAUUCGGAAUGUCUCCUGCACCAUCAUCAUCGUGCUCGUGCAUCUCCGAUUCUUCUGGAUAGUGAUCUGGGGCCUUGGUAGACGCAGGAUUCAGAAGUGGACCGGAACACUGGCCGACGCCGUGCGCGCCUACAGGGGCCUUCAAGGCUCCCAGCACUCCCGGGCCAGCACGGGCGUGGUGGUCUUUGCACCGGAUGGUCUGCACCUGCGCAAUCUGAACUAUCUGGAGUCGAAUCUGCUGGAGAGCAUGUUUGCCGAGAUGCUGCAGCUACAUCAUCAGAUGAAGCGGAAGAUCAGUUUCGACCAUUGGUCAGGCGGCCUGCAGCUCCUCUGCCUGGAGGCGGCUCGGACCUCCAAGGAGGCGGCCGUGCAAAGCCUGGCCCCUGUGUGCGGGGUACCGCGCUUUCGGCAGCGGCUUCUGCAUGGGGGCGUGCCCCUGGAGGAUGGCGUGAAGCUCGAGACGCCCAUGGACCUGCAGCUACUCCUGCUGCCCUUGACUGGAACCACUGCUUCGGACGUGCAUCUCUUCGUCGACGCGGUCAGAACGAAAGGUGCCGAAGAGAUCGAAGAGAUGCUGAGCAAGGGCCAGGACGCCAAUGUCGUGGAGUUCUGGACGCCCUUAAAGUACGCCGCUCAACAAGGGCGUGCUGAUGUCGUGCAGCUUCUCUUGGAGGCGAACGCGGAGGCGGAUGGGAAAACCGACCAGACCCGGAGAACGCCGCUUUGGGCUGCCUCCCAGGCUGGCCACGUGGAGGCCGUGAGGCUACUCCUGGAGGCCCGCGCGGCGCACAACGUGCAGGACAGCCCGGAGGGGAGGACUCCCCUGUUUGUGGCAACCGAAGAGGGCCACUACGAGGUCAUGCGCGUGUUGCUCGAAGCCGGCGCUGAUAGGGAUCUUCGCUCCAGCCGAGGCCGGACGCCUCUCCACCAGGCCUGUGUCGAUUUAGAGGCCAUGGAUCUCCUAGUGAAGGCCCGUGCGGACAUAGCCAAGGCGGACCAGAACGGCGAGACGCCCUUGACAAAGGCCUGUCGGGUGAACAGCGUGGCUGCCAUGCGCCUGCUUCUUGAAGCCUGCCCGGAGCAGCCCAAGAGUGGCGCGUUGUCUGCAGCCAGCGGGCUGGGCUUUACCGAGCUCCUGGGUCUUCUUUUGGCUCUGUACGCUGACGUGGGAACGACCACAGCAGAUCAUUUUCUCACAUAG